GCAUUUCUCUCAUUACGUUUAUCUCCUCCACGAGAGCCGAGCCCUACCCUGAAACUUCAUCAUCUACCAUCGCAAACUUCUUCCCUUCUGGUACCUCGAAAACCAUCCUGACCCUGGUUUUCCCUUUUUUGUAUCGAGAAUCUCUAUCUUGCCUUUGAUUUAUCUGCAAUCUCCUCGGAACCCUAAUUAUUAGCUGUUGUCUUUCGAAACCCUAAUUUGCUCAACCAGUAUCUGUUCUUUUGAAUCUCUCUCGAUUUGUCAACAGUUCCCUAUAAUCCAAGAUUAUAAAUAUUGUUAGAAUAUUUGUUAAAUUUGGUUCUUGCUUUUUUCUUUUUUUUUUUUUGUUUAAAAAAAUUUAUAAUCAGACUUUUUUUACCCCAGAAAUUUGUCGAUAUUCAAGAUACUGUGCACAAAAUUCAGUUUAGCGAACGGAUUUAGACAUUUUGCCCGGUGUAUUUGACUUUUGCAUCAAUUGCGAGCCUUUUUGUUGGUCCUGGUAUUGGUGAGAAAUGGUUGGGGGAGGCAGGAGAGACGAGGGAUCGCUGGUGAUCAACAACAACAACGUGUUUGCAGCCCUUGAGACUCUGAGGAAGAAGAAGAAGUCUGACAAGGAGCGUGGGACAUCUAAGAGUGGCAAAGGUUCUUCCAAAUCUCGGCAACCGGAACAGCAGCAGAAGGAACCUGAGCCUGAAGUUUUCUGGGCCCCUGCCCCGCUUAAUGCUAAAUCUUGGGCUGAUGUAGACGACGAGGAUGAUGACGAUUACUUUGCAACCACUGCUCCACCUCAAGUUGUAUGGGGUUCCUCGGAGGCACAUCAGAGUGAUGAUAGGCCCUCCAAUAUAGAGGAAAGUGAGAGUGAGGAAGAUAUUUUAGAUGAAGGUGAUGAUGACGUGGAUGAAGACCAUGACCAUGACCAUGAACUAGAGGUCCCAAUGCACCCUGAACCAGGGGUGAAGAAGGUUCCUGAAGUUUCUGCAGUGCCCAAAGAGACAGAAAGGCAACUUUCAAAGAAGGAACGGAAGAAGAAGGAACUUGCAGAGCUAGAGGCCCUAUUGGCUGACUUUGGAGUUAGUCAGAAGGAUAGCAAUGGUGAAGAUCAGUCACGUGAUGCUCCUCAAGAAAGGAGGGACGUCGAGCAUGAUGCAGAGGGUGAAAAGAAGGGGAGUGCCCCUGGAGAGUCCAAAAGUGCCAAGAAGAAGAAAAAGAAGGAUAAAACAAAGGAGGUGAAAGACCCCCAUGAUCAGUUGAACAGUUCAGAAGUCAACAACAGUGCUGAUGAAGUUGCUGGAACUGAGCAGGUAGAUGAAGAUUCUUCUGCUGUGGGUGUGAAGGAGAGGCUAAAGAGAAUGACAUCUGCAAAGAAGAAAAAGUCUAGUAAAGAGAUGGAUAAUGCUGGAAAAGCUGCUGCUCAAGAGGCUGCUGCAAGAAGUGCAAAGCUUGCUGCAGCCAAGAAGAAAGAGAAGAAUCAUUACAACCAGCAGCCAGUGCGGUAAACGGCCCUCUUUUUGUUUCACCCACAUAUAUGAACAUGUAUUUCUCGCUGUUCAUAUAACUGUGUGAAAUAAAUAGUGCGCUUAUUCUCUGCCUUGAAAAAAGAUGACGCUCUAAUGUGCUGCCAUGGAUAAAAGAAAGCUUCUUCUUCUUCUUCAGAGAUUUGGAUCUUUAGUGGUGCUUGGUUGUCGAGGAAAACAUGGUUUUGGAAGUUUUGUUAAUUGAAAAUUCUUCUUUGGACAGUGAUUGGACUUUAGUUUUGUGUAUUGUAGUCCUGUCAACAUUUUGUUUUCUUAUUCAGCAUUAUUGUUGGUUGAACCUCAUAUUAAAUGUUUUGCAUUACAUUUCAAUAUUUUCAAAAUGAAAAGGCAUCAGGAGCUAUUCUAUCC